GCAAGAGAGACACGAAACCAAACGACCAGAGCAUCUCCAAGAGCAAACAACUCCCCGGAGCCUAACAUACUAGAUACAGGAAUCAUUAGCUCAGUAGAAUCCCACCAGGGAAGCUUUACCUAAUCCAAGGAUGUCUUCUGGGUCAUCGCGGAGCACCUCGCCGAGCUCGGACUCAGAGUGGAGCAAGAAGGAGAACAAGAUGUUCGAGGAGGCGCUCGCGUACUACGGCGAGGGCGCCCCCAACCUCUGGGAAAAGGUGGCCUGCGCCAUGGGGGGCACCAAAUCCCCCGACGAUGUGCGCCGCCACUUCCAGAUCCUUGUCGACGACGUCAAGAACAUCCAGUCUGGCCGCAUCCCCUUCCCCAAGUACAAGACCCAAGGAUUCUGGACCUGAAAGGAUCAAGCAGUGUAAGAGCUCCAGUGGACAAUGAACAAAGUUGUACAAACUAGAUUUCUAAGAAGCAAGGAUGGACAGUUGUUAGAAUAACAGGAAGGGAAGUGAUAUUGUCGAUUGUGUGUACAAAGUAUUAUUAGGUUAUGUCCAAGGUCAAGCCUGUCGCUAUGUUGUUGUAGAUUCUCGUCUACUACAUUCAUGAACUGUGUGUUGUUCAUUAUCCUCUUGAACUAAAUCGUCAAGUAAACUGUCAUGUAAAUUCAUGUAUUUGUGAAAAAAAAAACAUGUAUUGAUGUUAUUUUUAAGAAGUCGUACC